GUUAACGGAAUUUGCAUGCAUACAAAAAGUAAAAACUUAUGCACACUACCUACGUAUCUUCUGUCUAUGAAAAUCUUGCCGUUCACCGUUGUCACAUCACGUUCGGUUGAUUUUAAUUUUUAAUUCAUUAAUAUCGCUUUCAAAUUGUAUUUACUAUUUAGCCAUCAACCCAUUGUAUAUUUUAUGAUAUUUUUUAUACUCUCAUAUUGUGUUUGAUGUGAGUGAUGAGUGUUGUGUUGUUGUUUUAAAUUAAAAUACUAUUCUUGUCUAAUUAAAAAUAUUCAAGGAAAUAUAAAUGAAUGCUGAAUUUGUGGAAGGAUGGACAAUCGCACAAACCUUAGGCGAAGGAACAUUUGGCGAAGUGAAGCUUUUGGUAAAUCAAAAAAAUAAUAGUACCGUAGCUAUGAAGGUUAUAGAUUUAAAGAACUAUCCCGAUGCGUUGGAAAUGGUAAAAAAGGAAGCAACCAUACAUUGUCGUUUAAAACAUCCUAGUAUAAUAAAAUAUUUUGGUCAAAGACACUGCAAAGAUAGUUAUUACAUAUUUUUAGAAUAUGCUUCUGGAGGCGAGCUGUUCGAUCGAAUAGAACCAGAUAUUGGAAUGCCACAAUCUGAUGCUAGAAAGUUCUUUAAAGAAUUAAUUGCUGGAGUUGAAUAUUUACAUAAUAAUGGUAUUGUGCACAGAGAUUUAAAACCAGAAAAUUUGCUAUUAGAUGAACAUGGAAAUCUAAAAAUUAGUGAUUUUGGGUUAGCAACAAUGUUUUUGUGUAAUGGAAAACGACGAAGACUAGAGAACAGUUGUGGUACUCGGCCAUAUUUAGCUCCAGAAGUUUUAUCGCACUUGCCUUAUCAAGCCGAACCUUCUGAUAUAUGGUCAUGUGGUAUUAUUCUUGUAUCUAUGCUUGCUGGAGAGUUACCGUGGGAGAUGCCUUCCGAUGACGAAAUUGAAUAUAAACUAUGGAAAACGACCGACUAUGCUAAUCAUUCACCAUGGUGUAAAUUGGAUACUUUAGCUUUAUCGCUCGUAAGAAAAAUAUUGAUACCAAUGCCUUCACGACGAUACGAUAUAUCAAAAAUAUGCUCUCAUCGUUGGUUGAAAAAGUCAAAAUCAUGUGAUAAUAAAGUGAGUGUGCCCGUUUGUACUGAUCGAGAUUUUGAUGAAGCACGUCCAUGUUAUUCCCAACCUGCUUUGGCAGCAAAUAAUUAUCCUACUGUGUCGAUCCCACCAAACGAAUCUGAUAUACAUUCGUUUUCACAACCUACUCAGGUUGAAGAUUUACUACUAUCUACCCAGUUGUUAACAUCACAGUCGGCUACAACAUCAACAAACAGUUCUAUACAGAAAUUAGUUAAGAGAAUGACAAGAUUUAUCGUGACAUUAUCACCAGAGGAUGCAUUAUCUAAAUUGUCCCAAUUUCUCGAUGAUUUAGGAUAUACAUGGAAAAUUAAUACAGCUGGUUUGGUAACUAUUACUACCGCUGAUCAGCGUUUAGUGUUUAAAUCUAAUGUAAUUCCAAUGAAUAAUCAGACAUUAAUGGACUUUCGACUUUCAAGAGGUUGUGGAUUAGAGUUUAAAAGACAUUUUGUUGUUAUUAAAAAAUCAAUGGCAAAAAUAAUAUCCAAAGGCCCAUUGAUGUGGCCGGUUGCAAUAGUUACAAACACAGUACCAUAAUUAUUUUUUUCUAAAUAGAGACGAUCACUGAAGAAGACUGAUAAAUUAAUAAGUACAGUACUUAUUAAUAAUAAAAUUAAGUACUACAUUUUAUAAUUAUAUAUAUACUUAGUUGUUACCGAACAUUAGUAUUAUUUUGUUUUACAGAGAUAAAUUAUAAAUUAUUAAAUAUAAUUAUUUUAUGCAAUUAA